AUGCGGCUUGGAUUCGAACAGCUGAGUAAGGUCAAGAUUGGCUCUGAGCUAUGGCAACAUCAAGAUCCGACGCGGCGGGCCCUACCCUCCAGCUACGGCGGUCGUUUGAACGAUCACCACGCCAUUGUUAUCUCCCAACCCGGCGUCUCGUUCACGUGGGAGCGCCGCGCGAAGGUCAACCUGUACAAGGCUGCGCCCGGAAUGGGGUCCGUCUGGAAGCGUGGAGACAUCCCUACCCAGCCCCGAGACGUCGUCGUUGCGGGCUCCCGAUGCCUCAAGCACAGCGGCUUCUGGCUGGCGCCUUCCGCCCGUUCAUGGUCUACCAAGGUUGUGCGCGAGCAGGGCAUCGACAAACUGAUGACUACUCUCCAGAAAGUGAGAGAAGCUGAUCCGAUCGACCCAUACGGCUCGGGCGGCGGAAACAAGAGAGUCUUUGUUGACUUUCGACGCCGUGGCCAGUCGACUGCGAACCAGCGGUCAAUGGUGGACGCUGUUACCGCCGGAAAGAUUCUCAGACUGAUCGAUGUUUACGAGAAGAACCAUUGA